AUGCAUCCCUACAACCCUCCAGAACUCUUUCUCCCUGACUUUAUCGCUAAUGAUGCCUCGUCCAUCAGAUUGUGUGCGACCUUUGGGAGUGUUUUGGCCGCCGUUGUUGGCAGCCACCUAAUGUUAUGGGGCGGACAUUUGUCAUCGAAAGAUAAAGGAAUAACUAGUUGGUUUUUGGUUUGUGGAUUGUUGCAUGUUUUCUUCGAGGGCUAUUUUCUCGUCCAUCAUGCGACCCUAUCGACUCGAACAGACUUUCCCGCUCAGCUAUGGAAGGAAUAUUCACUUUCUGACUCGCGUUAUCUCUCCGGCGACAAGUUUGUUCUUGCUAUCGAGAGCAUAACUAUUAUUCUAUGGGGCCCUCUAUGUCUUCUGACUUCAAGAGCUAUCGUAAAAGAAAGUUAUUAUAGACACCCACUCCAGCUCUUGGCGAGCUUAGCUCAUAUCUAUGGAUGUCUCAUGUACUUUGCAACAUCGUGGCUUGAUGGAAAUCGUCACUGCCGUCCGGAACCUUUCUACUUUUACGUCUACUAUAUUGGAAUGAAUGUCCCAUGGAUCAUUAUUCCCGGUCUGUUGAUCAACCAAUCUUUCACCUACAUCUCGAGUAGCUUGAAAAAACUUUACGAUAUGGAAGCUCGAUAG